GUUCUUAGUAAUGACCCGAGCCCGCACUCCAUCUCUUGCUUCUUUCUUAAACCCCUUUCUUCUUUCCACCCCAAUUCCCUCCUUCCUCUCCUCCUCUCUCCUCUCCCUCUCCCCCUUCCUUCCUUCGCUCUAAGAUAUCCGAAUCCAACUUUGUAAGUCUUCUUUUCUCUUCCUUGUUUUCUUUGGCCGGUCUCUAUAGGAGAAAAGGAAAGAGCUUUGGAACCCGUAGAAAAGCUGCCGCCUUUUUAACGCGCGCUUUAUCUUCUCUUCUGUUAAUCACUAUUCUCUUCUUGUUAAGGAUGGGGGACCAUUUUGUGCUGUUGGUGGACCGCUUGCUCACUGAGUCUACGCUGGAAGCUGCCAUUGCAAGCAGAAACCAGUCCACGGCCGGGUCUCCCGAUUCAGCUUCGACGGUGGACCUGGAGACUGACCUUCUGCCAAAGAAGCGUGCCGGUGAUGGGAUAUCCGCUGAGAAGUUGGUGCAGUGUCGAAUUUGCCAUGAUGAGGAUGAGGACUCCAACAUGGAGAUCCCCUGCUCCUGCGCUGGAAGCUUAAAGUAUGCUCACCGCAGAUGUGUUCAAAGGUGGUGUAAUGAGAAGGGUGACAUCACGUGUGAGAUAUGCCUACAGCAAUUCAAACCAGGUUACACUGCCCCUCCAAAGUUGUUUCUGUAUGGGAGCAUCCCAAUGAACUUCAGGGGAAAUUGGGAGGUUUCUCAGCGCGAUAUCCACAAUCAUCGCUAUAUAACAAUGACUCCAUCAGAUCGUGAUAUUGCAGGUCCUGACUACAGGGAUUAUUCUGCUUCAAACACAAGAAGCAUUAUGUACUGUCGCUUAAUCACUUUAGUUUUCAUGGUUCUUUUGAUUCUUCGCCAUACGCUUCCUAUUAUUAUGAAUGGAGCUGAGCAGAAUUCUUUACCAGUGCUUGCAGUAAGUCUCACGUUAUUGCUGUUGAGGACUGUUGGAAUUAUCCUACCUCUUUAUAUAAUGUUGAGAGCAGUUACGACAUUUCACCGCCGGCGCCAGCAACAGUAUUUGUGAAUAUUCUAGGAGAUAGAUGAAGCUUCCACUUUAGCAUCUGAAAGAGAGAAUGGGCAACCGCAACCAUUGCAACCUACGCAUCCUCAACCACACAUCAUUCGUGUCUACUAGGGUGUGUUGAAUGCAAAUCAGUUGGCACCAUAAUAUUUGCGAUAAACAAAAUGGAAUUCGUGGAGCUAGCAUUUUGAGAAAACUAAAGCUUCAGAUGGAUUAUCAUGAGCUAGAAACUACAUAAAAUAGCCAUCAUAUUGAUUCUGUAUAUAAAUGUGUUGUAAUAGUUUUGAUGUUCCGAAUGAUGCCCUCUUGCUUCAGAUACCUGAAGAUGAAGUGUAUAUACAUGAUACAUUUUCGAUGAAUUAAAAAAGGCAGAAUUAUUCAUA